ACAUUCCAAAACCAUAACUUAAUAAUUCAUUCAUUUCUUCUUUCUCUCUUCUCCUUUAGAACCAAAUUUUCACACACAAAGCUACUGAAGCAAAAUAAAAUAAAAUCUCUCUGCAAAAAUCUCAGAGGAAAAAAAAUGCAAGCCAUGAAUUCACUUCUAAGUCAACAACAGCAGUCACAGAUGUCACUUCAAGACCUUCAAAAUGGCGGAAAUGGCGGUUCUUCUGGUGGUGUUGUUGGUGGUGGUGGUGGUUUAGGUCAACACAAUAUGGGUCACUCUCACUUUGAUUCGACGUCGUCUCAAGACGAUUUUCUCGAACAGAUUCUCUCUUCUGUUCCUUCUUCUCCUUGGCCUGACCUUUCCAAAUCCUGGGACCCACAUCACCAUCUUUCAUCGCCGCCGCAUAACCCUAGCUCCGGCGAAGAUCAACCUCAUUCUAAUCCACUUCACACACAGUUCCAUUACGACGACCAAGCUUCUUCUCUCCUUGCUUCAAAGCUCCGUCAGCAUCAGAUCACUGGCGGCGGCGCUGCUACAGCUGCUAAUGCACUUAUGCUACAACAACAGCUUUUGCUUUCCAGAACACUCAGGUCUCCUACUGGAGCUUCCGGCGAUAACGGCCUACUUUCCCUCCCGCUAAACCUCAGUAAUAAUGUUGACCAAAACGACGGCAUCGCUAAUCCGACUAAUGACAAUUCCAUUCAAGCUCUUUUCAAUGGAUUCACCGGAUCUCUUGGUCAAACCUCCAAUCAACCUCAACAUUUUCAUCAUCCUCAGGGAGGAUCGAUGCAAUCGCAGAGUUUCGGAGCUCCGGCGAUGAACCAAACUCCGGCAGCAAGUGGUUCAGCUGGUGGUGGAGGUUCAACGCCGGUAGCACAACCAAAGCAACAACGAGUUAGAGCUCGUAGAGGACAAGCUACUGAUCCUCACAGCAUCGCUGAAAGAUUACGUAGAGAGAGAAUUGCAGAGAGAAUGAAGGCUUUGCAGGAGCUCGUACCUAAUGCCAAUAAGACAGACAAGGCUUCAAUGCUGGAUGAGAUCAUCGACUAUGUCAAAUUCCUACAGCUCCAAGUCAAAGUUUUGAGUAUGAGUAGAUUAGGUGGUGCUGCAGCUGUUGCUCCCUUAGUUGCUGAUAUGUCCUCUGAGGGAAGGGGUGAAGGAAAUGUGGCGUCGUCUUCGAAUAAGGAGACAAUGAGUGUUACGGAACAGCAAGUAGCAAAAUUAAUGGAGGAAGAUAUGGGAUCCGCCAUGCAAUAUCUACAAGGAAAAGGCUUAUGCCUUAUGCCUAUAUCCUUAGCUACAGCUAUUUCAACUACCACCUGUAACUCCAGGAUCCCUAACGGCGUCAACAACAAUCCAUUACUCGGCGGCGAACCCGGUGACCCUACCUCUCCUAGCUUAUCGGCUUUGACUGUCCAGUCAGCCGCCGGUAUUAAGGACGCUACUUCUAUUUCUCAACCCUAAAAGUCAACUCUCUUUGGAAGUUUUUUUUUUUUUUAACGGCGUUGACUCUGAAAAUCAGCUCCCGUCAAGUCUACCAAAAUAAGGGUCUUUUUAGAAUCAGAAACGACGCCGUAUUUAGGUAGACUUGCCUUAAGUAAAAGCUAACAACAGGAAUUCAUGUUUCUUCUUAAUGAUGAUGAUGAUUUUUUUUAAUUAACUAUUUUGCUUGGAAUGGUUAUAUACAUGUAAUGAUGAGUUGUGAUGAUGU